AUGGAAAUGACCGGGAUAUUUGUGGACACCUUGAAGGACUCGUUCUUUGAUCGAUUAGUGAGCAGUGCAACAUCUGAAUUCGCACAUCUAGUCACAAUUGGAGACCGCAUAGAGAAGGGAUUAAGGGAUGGAAAGAUUCCAGGAUCAGUGACAUCACCUAGCGCACCGAAGAAGUAUUCUGGAGGCUUCCCGAAGAAAAGAGAAGGUGAAACAAAUGCCAUAUCCAUAAACUAUAAAGAGAAGCAACAAGCUUCAGAUGGUCAAGUCACCGUCGUGGUGCCUAUACCCUAUCAACAGUCAAUGCAACAACAACAAAUUCAGAUAUUCCCAUAUCUGCAAAAGGAAGGCCUUCUAACAUUAAGGGAGUUAAAACCAACUGUUUUUCCAUAUCCACCCGGAUACGAAGCUAACGCCCAUUGUGAGUUUCACAUGGGAGCACUUGGUCAUACCUUGGAGAAUUGUUUCGCAUUUCAAAAUCGGGUACAAGACUUGAUCGAAGCAAAGGCCGUUUCUUUCACUCCAAGACACCCGAACAUGAACACCAAUCAUAUGCCAAUGCACAAGGAUGCUUCUGUUAGUGCCAUUGAGGAGAGUGAUCAAGGAAAAUCGAUCCGUAAGGUUGAAGAGAUUCAAACCCCUAUCACCAUGAUAGGAGCACAAUUACUGAAGAGUGGUCUGAUCCCGAAGGAGCUGGUUGCUGAAGAGAACGAUGAAGGGUUGAGGAAUUUUAUACAACAAAUGCUGGAUCGAGGUGAGUUACAGAUAAAUUGCCGCGUCAAGAGCAAGCGCCAGGAAGAGAUAGUCGUGGUGGACAUCCCCUAUGAUGAGGUUAGAGUAGAAAUACCCAUAAGCCCGUUGGUGAUAGAGUUCCCAGCACCAUUCAAAUAUAAAGAUGAGAAGGCAGUCCCAUGGAUAUAUCAGCCCAGAGCUUCUAAGCAGGGGCGGGAAGAUCAACCUUUGAUACUCAACGAACCAAAUGUCACUUCAAUUAUGGGGCCAACAGGAAUGACGCGUAGUGGCCGAGUGUUCGCACCAAGAGCUGCCGAUACUUAUGAAAAAGCUAAAGAGAAAGAAGUUGUUGUCCAGAUCCCCAUCCCUAAUCAAGGAAUGCAAGACAUACACCUGUCUCCUAAAGUUGUUGUCACUCGUGAGGAGGCUGAGGAGUUUUUGAGAAUAAUCAAGAAGAGCGAUUAUAAGGUAGUGGACCAGCUAAACCAAACACCUUCCAAAAUUUCCAUGUUAUCUCUACUGCUCAACUCAGAAGCACACAGGGAUUCGCUGUUAAAGGUAAAUGGUGAAAUCACUGAGACACCAUUCCAAUCCUUGGAAGUGGUAAACAUGAUGGCCACCCAACAGACCUUGGAGGUCCCGAAAUCAGGACCAUCCAUGGCCUCGUGGCAAGGAGCUAAAGUUGUUAUAGAAAGUGAAGAUGCACAAGACUGGGGAAAAGUGGUGGAAGUGAAAGAGAAACGAGACAAGUUUGGCCUGGGAUAUGACCCAUCAUCACACAAAGCCGGUAACCAACCUGACAAAGAGAAGAUUCCUUAUGUAGAGAAAAUGUUCACCAGCGCUGGCCACAUCUUUGGCAAGCAGGUGGCAAUGAUCAGUGAAGAAGAUCGCGAAGAGGGGGUGUCUAGCUGGACGCGUCAAGCCGCACCUAAUGAAGAACUGACAAAUUGGAAGGCUGUGGAAGUUCCCCAAAUAUUUCAAAAGUAA